AUGGCAACGGCGCAGGAGUUGCAGCAGCAGCUUGAAGAUCUCCGCAGUCGCCACGAGGAGGAGGUGAAGCGGGAGACGGCGGUUUUUGAGGAGAUCAACAAGGAGAUGAUGGAGAUGCAGGAGGUGACGGAGAGGCUGGAGAAGGAGGAGCGGCAACUGGAGGGUCGGCUGGGCACGGGAGACAGAGGCGCGGGGGAGGGCCAAGGCGAGGUGUCGUCACUUCUCAGCAACAUCGCUUUGGGCCUGGUGGACCCUGACGAUUCGAACUCCAGACGACGAUAA